GUUUUAGCGCGUGUGUGCAUGUGUUUAUUCGAGGUGUUGCACUCGCCCAGAGGCACGCAAGCACAAAAAAAGCCCUUUAUCAAGAAAAAGCAUGUAUUGAACAACCCAUCAUACUCACAAUCUUGUCUUCUUACUAGGAUCCCCAAGUGAUGACCUUUAUCGCUUGAGAAUUCACACUCGACCAUAGAUUCUACUCAAAAGUGUGAAUCAAUGUCUUCUCGCAUCCCUGUGCUUACACCUAAUAAUAAUCAUCAAAACACGCAAUAUUCAAAUUAUCAAGAUUCAUCAAAUAUGAGUCAAACAUCUUUUAGAGGUGGAGCUGGAACGCCAGUAAACGGAACUGGCUCUCAAACAAGCGAUGCUUUUGAUACACGCAAACGUCAAAGUCGUCGUGAUGAAGCAAUUCGUAAAAAGAUUGAAUCCCAAUUAAAUUUAAAAGCUGGAAAACCUUCAACUCCAACAUCCCGUGGUGGUGCGGGUACGCCGGCAGGUAGACGUCGUGGUGCUCAUCGUGCACCGAUUGCUGGUACCGUCAGUGCUCUUCGCCCUUUACCUGCUUUGACUGUUCCGCAAAACAUUUCUGUCGCAGAUGCAAGUCAACUUUGCGCUGCAAAGAGAACCGAUUGCGUUUUGGUCGUCGAUGAUGAUGAACAUUUGGCAGGUAUCUUUACCGCAAAGGACUUGGCUUUCCGUAUUGUGGCGGCCGGUAUUGAUGCACGAUCUACACCUGUAAGAGACAUCAUGACUCGCUCUCCUAUGGUUACUCGUGAUACAACCUCAGCAACGGAAGCACUCAAUACGAUGGUCACACGUGGAUUCCGUCACUUGCCCGUUUGUAAUGAAGAGGGCGACGUGGUUGGAUUGCUGGAUAUCGCAAAGGUGUUUUAUGAAGCUUUGGAAAAACUUGAACGUGCACAUGGAUCUAGUCAAAAGCUCUACAAUGCCUUGGAAGGUGUUCAAUCCGAAUGGGGUCCAACAGCUGCCGGUGGAGGUGGACAUAAUGCCAUGCUUGCCUACGUUGAAGCCUUGCGUCAACGUAUGAGCAUUCCUGAUUUGACCACAAUCCUUGACAGUCGCACUCUUCCAUGCACCGUUGGUGUCCGUACAACAGUUUGUGAUGCUGCAAAGAUCAUGAAAGAACAUCGUACAACGGCCGUUUGCGUGAUGGAAGGUGGUACACAAUCUACCCCGGCUAAAAUUGCGGGAAUCUUUACGAGCAAGGAUGUUGUGUUGCGUGUUAUUGCUGCUGGUUUGGACCCAAAGACAUGCAGUGUAGUCCGUGUCAUGACCCCUCAUCCUGAUACUGCUCCUCCAUCACUCUCAAUCCAAGAAGCUCUGCGUAAAAUGCACGAUGGCCGUUACCUCAACUUGCCCGUUGUGGAUGUUGAUUCUCGCUUGGUCGGAGUUGUGGAUGUUUUGAAGCUGACGUAUGCAACGCUUGAGCAGAUUAACAGUAUGAACGAUGGGCAAGGCGAAGAAGGUGCAGAAGGUGGUGGUCCAAUGUGGAACAGAUUCUGGAACUCAUUCGGUCAAACAUCCGGAAGUGUUGGUGGAGGUACUGCCGAUGACAAUGAAUCAGCAAUGAGCGGCAGUCAUGCACAACAAUAUCCCGAAACACCAAACCGUUCCGGUCUUCCUGAUUUGAGCUCCGAUUUGCAUCCCAACGAUUCUGCCAGCGCUGUUGCUCACAAUGAUGAUGGUGCAUCGGGUGUUGGUCUGGCAAAUGCAGCUGCCCUUUCUGCUGCUGUGGAUGAUGGAACGUAUUUGUUCAAGUUUGUUACGCCAAGCGGUCGUACACAUCGUUUCUCUGCUCGUUAUGAUAACUUUGAGACAAUUCGCGAGAUCGUUUGCAUCAAAUUGUCCGGUGAUCCAUUCUUCGAUGCGCCCAGUCCACUUCCACCUGCACCACCUCAUGCACCCGAAGCGACCGUUGAGGAGAAUGGAGAUCAACCCUCGUAUGCCAGCAUUGCUGCUCAACCUCCAGCGGCAGCACCUGAUCCGAACGAUUUCUCAUUGGCAUAUACCGAUGAUGAAGAUGACACCGUUCUCAUUACUGCAGAUGGUGAUGUUCAAGAUUCAGUUCAAGUAGCACGUAAACAAGGUAAAGAUCGAGUCGUUCUUCUAUUACAAGGCGGAAAAGCAUGGCAAGAAGCACUUCAACGACAAAACAUUAGUACCAAUAACGAUCGUUCUGCCCGAAAGAAGAUGCGUGAAUCGAUGGAUGCACAAUUACAAAGUGUCAAAGAAGAAGAAGAAAGAGAAGGAGAAGAAAGAAGUACAAAUGUGAGCGAACGCGGAUUAUCAAAGAAGAUGAAUGGUAGAGCUGGAAGCAAAGACGAUGCUGAACUUUUGUUUGGUGUACUGCCAAGAGAUUUAGCUUUACCUGCUGCUAUUGGAUUUUUAGGUGUUGCAAUUCUUGCUGCAUUUGCCAUUGGUAAAUCCUCUGGAGCAUCAAGGUGAUUACAUUGCGUUUGAGUUGCAGGAUUUCUUACUGCUCCUUUUUUGUAUAUUCUGCACAAUAUUUAUUCGAUUGAGUCCUUGCUCGUGUGCCAUCAUAUUAUCGAUUAUUUUGACGGGUAUGACUAUUUAACAUUAAGUUGCGAAGGUGAAAGUUGUAUUCUUGUAACGCU